AGGGGGGGACGGGGGACGGGACUCGCGGCUGCUCCGUCUCGCGAAAGCGGCUGAGCCGUCCGCGCCUCGGAGGGUGCCGGCGUUUGCUGGAUGAAGAUGACGAAGCCGGAGACUUUGUGGGAGGCCGCUUUCGAAUAAGUGUAGCCGGCAGUGAACCUGGUAGCUGCCGGCUGCGGUUAAAACAUUAUCAGCAGCAGCAGCAGCAACAGCUUCGCGAGGCUCUCCCGGCAUAGCGCUGCCUCCCGCGCCGAGGUGGCGGCCGGCCCGCGGUGCGCUUGGCUCUCUGCUAGAUGGCGGUGCUGAGAGCAGGAUCGCUGCUGGUGCGGGUUCUCUUCGGGUUUGCUUGUUAUCCUGUGCAGACUGUAGCAAAGCGUAACUGAUGUGAACCCUAAGCUCCUCCCGUAAUAGGGCAUGGGCUCUCAGUAUCAUGUUUCAUUAAAAGUGCUGAGGAGCACCCAGAACUCUGAAGACAGCAGUUUUGUGCAAGAUAAGAAUGUUCCUUAAAGAAGCUGAUGGAGGAUAGAGCUCCAGAGUACCUGGCAGACACUGACAGCAUAAGAUGACACCAUAGUCUAGUCUGAAAUUGAUUCUAGAACAUACAUGAUGUAAACUAUAAUCCCAGAGGACCAUCUAUCCUGGAGCAGACAUUGAAACUGAGCUACUAUGUGACUAAAAGGACUGAGUGCGUGUCAGAUGGUAAGUAAGGUCUUUUCAGUCCAGCUGUGAUGGAGUCAAUAGAUGAAGCCGAAGGACAGCAAGGACAGCUGAGCAGGAAAGAGCAGUCUGCAAAAACCUCCCGGAAAACAGCACUGCUUGGUUGGGCUACCUGGCGGAAUGGAUUGAUGCCUGGAGACAGCAUGUAUCUGUUUGUCCUCUCGCAGAUGUUGCUUCUCUGCGUGAUGCUGUGCUACAGCACUUACGGGACCAUCCCAGCAGCUCAGAAUGCCUUUGACCUGCUGUCUUAUAUGCUUGCACCAUUUGGACAAUUUUUGUCAGAUCAAGGGGAGGACCUGACCAGAGUCGGGAGCAUCGUGAUAUCAUAUAUCCUGCUGUCAUUAGCUUCUCUAGGACUGUUUCUUGUAGGAUCUCUGUUUUGGCAUCUGGUCAGAGCCCGUCCAGACCCCCCCUUUCCGCUACAAGAGGACAGACGCCAAUCUGUGAGCCGUCAGCCUUCGUUCACGUACUCAGAGUGGACAGAGGAUAAAAAUGAGGAUGACUUCCUAGAUUUGGAUCCUGUACCGGAGACCCCGGUCUUUGACUGCGUAAUGGACAUUAAAGCGGAGACAGAUCCAGCUACGCUAACAGUUAAAUCCGUGGGCUUGCAAGAAAGAAGAGGUUCAAACGUUUCACUCACAUUGGAUAUGUGUACACCAGGCUGUUCUGAACAAGGUUUUGGCUAUGUCAUGUCACCACGGGAACAGUCAGCUCAAGAAUACCUCCAGACAGCAUCAAACAUCCUUACUGAAGAGGAGCUGCACAAGAAAGCUUUGGAUCCCUUCAUACUCCAGGCAGAGUUUUUUGAAAUUCCAAUGAACUUCGUUGAUCCAAAGGAAUAUGAUAUUCCAGGCUUAGUGCGGAAGAAUCGCUACAAAACAAUUCUCCCAAAUCCUCACAGCAGAGUGUGCCUUACCUCAGCUGAUCAGGACGACCCCCUUAGCUCUUACAUCAAUGCUAACUACAUCAGGGGCUAUGGAGGAGAGGAAAAGGUAUAUAUUGCUACUCAGGGACCGAUAGUUAAUACUGUAAGUGAUUUCUGGAGAAUGGUGUGGCAGGAGCGUUGUCCCAUCAUUGUCAUGAUUACCAAUAUAGAAGAGAUGAAUGAGAAAUGCACAGAAUAUUGGCCAGAGGAACAGGUCACCUACGAAGGAAUUGAAAUCACAGUUAACCAAGUCAUACAAGCAGAUGAUUACCGUUUAAGGCUCAUCACCCUAAAGAAAGGUGAGGAAGUCAGAAACCUGAAACAUUACUGGUACACAUCUUGGCCAGACCAGAAAACACCAGAUCAAGCUCCCCCUCUGCUGCAGUUAGUACUGGAAGUGGAAGAGGCCAUUCAGAACGCGGAAGAGAAGAAUGCCCCAGUGAUUGUUCACUGCAGUGCAGGCAUCGGAAGGACUGGCUGCUUUAUUGCCACUAGUGUUUGUUGUAAACAGCUGAAGAGCGAGGGCAUAGUUGACAUAUUGCGAACAGCCUGCCAGUUACGGUUAGACAGGGGAGGAAUGAUCCAGACUUGUGAACAGUAUCAAUUUGUCCAUCAUGUCAUGAGCUUGUAUGGAAAACAGCUUUCUAGAGCAGCAGAAGAAUAAGUGUUCAUGAUAUUCCUAAAGGCUAAAAGCAAGAGAACUUUUGACUGCAUUCAUAUAUAUUUCAGAUCUGAUAAGAGACACAUGGUAACCUGGUUGUCUUAGCUGGAGAGAGAGAGAUAUAUUAUUUUACUUUGAUAUUGCUUUUAUGCUCUUGUUUGCAUUGACAUUUAAGAGCUGAGGUACGCCUUGUCUUAAACAUAUGUGACAGGACAUAAUCUUCACCAAAAAAGGCUUAUUUAUACUGUAAAUAAGAAUAGUAGCUUCAUUUGUUACGAAAUCAAAAAAAAAAAAAAAACCCACUGUCUUCAGUUUGCUAUUUUUAAAAGAUAAUUGCUAAUAUAUCCAAAUACAGUGUGAAACUUUUUGAAUUGUCAUGCUGAAAUAUGUACCGUAUGUUGACUAAGCUUGAAAGUAACUUUUUGCCUCUCUCUGAUUGUUUUUACAUAUAAAAUUACCGAAUACUGUGUAUAUCGUAAACCUUCUGAGCCUCUGCGUUGAAAGAUUUGAGUAGAUACACGUUGAAGUGGUAUUUCACACCUCAUGUUUGCUUGUUUUGGGUUUUGUUUGUUUGUUUGUUUUUAAAAAAGCCACCAUCAGUGUUACCAGAACUAAGCGGAAAGAAUUAUUUCAUUGACAGGGGUCAAAUUGUCACCUGCAAUUCCUACCAGCAGUGUACCCCAGAAUCAUAAAAUCUUGGGUGAAUCUGAGGUGAAUAGGAGAAGUUAAUCUGAACAUAAGCUCUUCGCACUUUACCUUUUCUUUGUUGGUAUUUUGCAGUCUCAGCCUGCAUCCAGUUUCUCUUUUUAUAGAGUCAGACCACAGUUCCAAUACAAUUCCUCCUGAAAUUUGAGGUUUGGAAUCAGGCGAGGGAUUUUGUGACUUGAGUUCAUCUUUAUUGAAAAUAUAGUGAUAAGAUCAUUUGUGUUCUGUGAAUUUAAACUUGUUUCAAAGCUUUGAGGGUGACUGCAUGCCCAGUGCACAUUAAAAUUAAUGAGACUAGAAAUGUGAAUCCUGUAGGCAGCUUUAAAAAAAAUCUCAGCCUGAGUGUGUUGACUGCUUUUUAGUAAAUUUGCCCUCAAACCAGAUGUAGACAAUCAUUAGCCCCUUCUAAUCAUUUUCUGGGCAGCAAUAUUUCCUUUUAGAUAAUACAGACUGCUGUUCCUGCUUUUCUUUUUAGACCUCAGUCUGGUUGAAGACUGAAAUUUGUAUUUAAUGCUUAGAGGUAAGCACAUGUUUUAAUUCUUUAUUGAGCAAAGAAAGGGAGGUACACAGGACCCUUGACAGGAAAAGAUGAGCCGUAAUGAUCUACUAAAAAUAAUUUUGCUUCUCUCUUUUUGUAAUAAUAGCCCAAACCCACCACUUUUAUUAGUGCAGGAGACUGAGAAUUUGUUGCACUUGCUAAUCAGGAGAGGGUAAAACAGCAUUCAGAACAAUAAGGGCUGAUCCUGCUUCCACUGAGGUUUUGCCAUUGACGUCAGCAGGUGCAGGGUAGGGCCUGAAGUGUUAUGCCUCCAACUUACUUCGUCACUGUGGGGAAAGUUUCCCAACAUUUCAGUACAUAUCCUUUGUGUUUAUUCUGUAUCCAUGAACCUGUAAAAAUCCUGUCGGCAGGAUUUGCAUGAAUGUGUGGCAAAAUGUGUUAUCUUUAAACCACUUGAUUUUAUUGCUGUAUUUAAAAUAUUUCCUUCAGUGAGAAGCUAGCAGGAAGAACUGGCAUUCUUUUUAAAAAUACUGGCGGUAGUCAUUAAAUAGAGCAAUAAACUUAAGCUUUUGAGCAUAACAUGACUGUUAGUUUUAUGUAAACUUUGCUAGCUGUCUUGUCCCCAUUGCUACAGAUUCUUCCAAAGAGGUAAUGCUAUUCUUUAGAAAUAGCAAAAACACCACUGAUGUUCUGAAUAACACUGUAAGUGGAACUCCCUAUAAAUAAUAUUUUCAGCUGUUCAGUGCCCUUCAGUGUCAAACCUGAGUCAGUGAAUAAAAUGACUUGUUCUGUCUGAUGA